UGCAGAGCACAAUGGAUUAGCAGUCCAUCGCCUUAACCACUCGGCCACCUCGUCCUCUGAGUCACAGAGUGGUGCCAAAUCCGCAUUUCUAACACAGAUAACUGCCAAUAUGGAUGCUUAAUGUAUGUAAAUAGUUGUAGUAUGUUUAAUGUUGUUACUAGGUGCAUGCUACCCGGGGUAACUGAAUCUGGGGGUUCUCUACGACCAAAAUUAACCCUUUACGUAAAAAUCCAGUUCAGCCUACGUUCUAGUGAAAUGCCCGUCUAUUCUAAGCAUUAUGGUAUCACAAAAAUCGCAUAGACAUGCGCCACAAAAUCACAGACGCACCUUCCCCGUCUGUGGUGUUGUUUUGAUAUGCUUACGAUGAGAUUGUUUGGACCACAUUUUGAUGAAAUAUGAAGGCGGCCCGUGCAAUGAUUUCGCGAUCAAAAAUACUAUCAAACCCCGUUGCAGCAUUGCGUGGUGUCAUCGGCAUGAGACAAUCGAGCCCCCCAGGUACCCACAAUGCAAAAAUAGCUUUACUAGCUAGCUAGCCACCUAGCUAUUAGUGGUAAAUUUUGUCUCCCUGGGACAUACUGCAAAAUAAAUUUGGCUUGCUGUGUAUUGGGUGAACAUUGUGGUCAGGAAUGCAUUUCUCUAAAAGAUGUUCGGUGUUUAAAGUGGUGCUUGGUGCUCUGGUAUUAGUAGCGCUCCUGCAACUGAUCUAUCUAUCCUUCUUAUCAAAACUGCAUGGUAAGCAGCAGCGCUACCGAUAUUCUGAGCUUUUCGGAAGCUCUGGCAAAAAAAAUUCCCCUCCGGAGAAAAACUCACGGAAAGAGCGUCUUAGGUACUCUCUAUCCACCGGGGGUAUAUUUGAUGCCAGCGGGCAGUACCGCGUGUACAAGAACUUAAUAAAAAGCGAUUUCUCCAGCAACCAGAAACAUGGAGCAGACGCAAGCUCGAAUCUUUUGACCUUAGCUACGCACACAUCCAUCAACAACUUACAUCACCUGGACUCAUUGGUGGAACGGUGGCAAAACCCUCUCUCUGUGGCUAUAUUUGCUCAUGGGCAAGAUGUCAGGUUUGCCACGGCUCUGGUCUAUGCCCUUAGCAUCUUCUGCCCUCAGAUCCAGGCCUUGGUGGACUUCCACUUGGUGUGUCACUCCGGGGAGAUAGCCAGUUUCCCAGAUCAGGACCGGGAGCAUUUCGCCGGCCUAGAGGACUGUGCGUCUGUGUUUGCCAGACUUGAGACCCACCGGGAUAGGUACCAGAACUAUGCCAUUGGGGGAAACGGAAAUGUCUCUUACCCGAACAAUCUCCUACGAAACGUUGCCCGUGGCGGCAUGGAAACCAACUACAUCCUGGUCAUUGACAUUGACAUGGUGCCCAGCGCCGACCUCCACCAACAGUUCCUCGCUCUUGUCGCGAGACGCCAACCCGACGCGGACGAGGUCUUCGUCCUGCCCGCUUUCGAGAUCCGCCACGUGCGGAAGAUGCCUGCCACCAAGUCGGAGCUGGUGCAGCUGUACCAGGUGGGCGAGGUGCGGCCCUUCUACGAAGAGUUGUGCCCGCGUUGCCAGGCCCCCACCAACUACUCUCAGUGGGUGAACAGACACAGCGGGGCAUCGGGUCCCCUGGACGUGGCAUAUACGUUGUCCUGGGCGGACCCCUGGGAGCCCUUCUACAUCGGACCCCGGACCGUGCCCCUGUAUGAUGAGAGCUUCAAGCAGUACGGCUUCAACCGUAUAAGUCAGGCAUGUGAGCUGCAUGUGGCAGGCUACAGAUUCUCAGUGCUCAACUCUGCAUUUGUGGUCCACAAAGGGUUCAAAGUUCAUGGCGAGUUUCACAAUAGGAAGGACGAGGAGAACCGAAAGAAUCGCCUCCUAUUCCGCAGUUUUAAGGAGGGCUUGAAGACCAAGUACCCCUCCUCCCUUCUACGCUGCUGAGAAGAUGGUCAAAACAACGGGCCGUGUCGGAACGGGGGGUGACACCCAAUUUAGUUUUGACCUGAAUUCUAAAUCAAAUUCUAGCCCCUUGUAUAGAAAAAUAUUGCCUUUGACUACAUUGCAACGUAGCAAACAGCAUGCCAUUGGCAUGCUUAACUAUUUAUUAUCAGAUCUGCUGGACAGCCAAGGAAGACGGACAGUGCAUUUCAGUCCAUUUGGAGUUGAGCGCUCCUUUCAUUUCCCAAGACCCCCAUCCAGCACAAAGCUAGUAAAGUAUGGCAAAAACAUUAACCACUAGUUCAUUAAUAACACUUGAAUCUCCUGCUACAAGUCUUGUUGAUCUAAAUAGGACUAUCGUACUGUAGUAUUAAAAACUCCAUGUCUGUCUAUUAGGUUUGGUAAGUGAGAUGACAGGGCUCUGUGGAGUUUACUUCAGUAAAGGUUGUGUUAAUUACUAAAAAAGAGCUUUUAACUGGAUGCUACAAUAAAUCACAUUUUGACCCAUGGAGCAGAUCGCUUCAGUGUUUAGGCUCAUUAAGCAAAUGUUUGCAGUUCAGAAUCCCAGAGAUGAGAAAUCUUUCCACAUGACCUUUAGUGAGCCCUGGCGUUUUUGAUGAGGGCAUCUGUUUAAUAAUUGAAAAUGAGUUUUCACCCCCUUAGUAUUGAUUAUAGGGGCAGUCCUACAGUUUCUAGUUUCUUCUAAAGACCUUCAUGCAGCACAAGGAAAACAAAGUAUUGAGUCUUUUUACUUAAAUAGCAUUUGUGAUUUCUUUGUGUGUAAAUACAACAUUGUUCUGUACAAGCUAGUUUUGGGUGACACUUCCACAAAGAGUGAUAGUUAGUGUUUGGGUCAACACUACUGUAAUACCAGAGUAUUAACUGGCUGCAUUUACCUGAAGGUGCAACACAUACAAAUGAACCUUUAUAGGAGACUCAAUUGUAAAAUAAAUGAGUAUUUGUCAUGUUCCUGACUACUACUGAAAUCUGUAUUUAUUGGAAAGCUAAUUUAUUUAUGAAGUUUUAGAUUUUAUUGCUUUGCAUUUGUUUGAAGUGUUUGUAGGUUAUUAUUAUGGACAUAAAUAGUUUUCUUUAAUAAUGAUGUCAACAGAGGUCAUGUAUGUAGGAUCUAGACAUCCCAGAUGGCACCCUACUCAUAGAGACUUCUUAGGGAACAAUAGGCUGCCAUUUAGGAUGUAGUCCUGGUUAUUUUUGCAUUGUGAAAAUGUUCUCUAUUACUAUUCUGCAUAGAGAUGGUGACCAACCUGUCAGCCCUGUGAAGUUAUAAUUAUAGGACAUACAUGCCAGAACCCUGUUUUCUAAGCACUAAUUAUGUUCUUUCAAAAUCUGGAGGGAAGUAAAAAAAAAAAAUGGUUUUUGAGAGUUCAUUGUGUGAUAUUUUUCAGAUGCAUUGUUCUCUCCCUUAGCUGAGAACUACUUUGUGGUUUCAGUUGUGACAAAGGUAUCAAAAAAGUAUAAAUCCUUUGUUUGGAUUCCUAAUAAAAUACCACAAAAACAUUGA